AUGUCUUCAAACGGCUGCCACGUCGGGGAUAUACAGAAGGACAUCAACCGAGUUAAACCCAACCAAACCUACUUGUUUGUGGAUAGAAGCUUUCAAGAAUCAAUCAUCGAAUAUUUCCAGUUUUUACGCAGAGAAGGGAUUCUCAGCGAUGUAACGCUGAGAAUUGGAACUCACAAAUUUCCUUGUCAUCGUAACAUUUUGGGAGUAGCUAGCCCUUAUUUUCGCUCGCUUUUCAUAGACAGUGAAAGUGGAAGGUUCAUAAAACACGUCGAGCUACCACAAGAAAUUCAUCAUUCAACAAUGGAAGCUGUCUUGGAAUAUAUGUACGGAGGGAAAAUUUUCAUAAAUGCAAGUAACGCCAUUGACAUUUUCAAGGGCGCUUGUUUCUUUAAACUUCAAAGCUUGUUGGAGGAAUGUUCUUACGUGCUGGUCAAGUUCCUAACUCCUGAGAAUUGCCUCCAAGUAAGGGACGUUUCGUUAAUUCAUGGACAAGAAAAACUACAUCAGCGAUGUCAGAGAUAUUUGUGCGAAAACUUCCUACAGAUUGCGAACUCAAUGUCUUUUUUGGAACUUCACCAAGAUGAGCUUGAGAAGAUGUUGUCAAACAAUGACAUUUGCGUCGACAGUGAGCAACAGGUGAUUAUGUAAUUAAGAAAGUACCUGUACUAGUCUAACAGCUAUUAUUAAAAACUAAAUCAAUGAAUAAUGCAUUUCUAGCUAGAGCUCAGAUUGGCUUAGCCAUCAUACCAUGCUCUAGCUCCAAAUAUGGCAACUGUACGUGUCUGCUCAAAAUUAAAAGAGUGAAUAAGCUGAGAAUCAGUUGUUUUUACAAAUAACGCCGGGGUAGAAUUCUCGAUAUUUUGUGGGCGUUUUUAUCAAACAAAUUUUUUAACUCGCGCUUGUAGGAUAUGAAAUGAUAAUAGCCAGCUCGGCGCCACGCGCCUCGUUGGCUAUCUAGCAUCUUAUAUCCAACACGCACUCGUGGAAUAAUUCUUAAUUAAACGAUAGUAAGUUCUAACAGUAAGACCACUGGUUUAUUUUUUCGCCCUAUGCAUAAGGGAGUCCAAGACAGUCCUGGAUUCUAGAUUCUACGCCCUGGAUUCCGGAUUCCAGGCACUGAAUUCCAGUAAUAAUUAAUUAUUAAGCGUCUCAUUAUGGGAGCUCCUUUUGCCUUUUCAGUCCUCAUCGGCACCCAGGGCACAUUUGCCUUCUAUAUAGAUAUUUAUAUGUUAAUGAAAAUUUCUUUUAAAUUCAUAGAAAAUUUCGCAGAAGGAGGAUGGACGCGGUCUUUUCGGGCUCAACCCCUAAAUACCUCCCAUGGCUGUUUUUAGAAAGUCCGAUGAAAUGGUUCCAAUUGUUCCAUCCCAAAACACAGGCUCUCCUAUGGAGGAACAUCAGUUGACCAAGGGUCAGAAAGGUGUAAUUCUGGGAACUUUAAACCCCGAAAAGAAUGAUAGUUGUUACGAAUCUAGGAUCUUUGUAAAACAAUUAUUUCAUCCGUUGUAGGUAUUCGACAACCUGGUGAGAUGGACUGAAUAUGAUCGCAAAGAGCGCGGGAUCCACUUCUCCAAAUCACUGCAACAUGUUCGGCUGCCAUUAUUGUCCACCGGCAUAAUUAUGGAGCAUGUACAGCGACAGGAAUUAGUCCAUCGCUCGCCCACAGCAAAGGAAAUGGUUCUGGAGGCCAUGAGGUAUAACACAGCGGAAGAAGAACAGAAACAAUCCUUGAGUAGUCCAAGGACGGUGCCAAGAACAUGUUCGACUUUAGUGCAAGUGAUUCUGUUUGUUGGUGGUAAGGGCAAGACCCCUGAUGAAGGGCGCAUCACGUUUUGUUAUCUUCCUGAAGAAGAUCGUUGGUAUACACUAGCACCUUUACGGUGAGAAAGAAAAAAAAGGGGUCUUUCUUGCUGCAGGUACCUUCAUCACAAAAGAAAGAAAGGAACGAAACAAUAGAGUUUUUCUGGGGGCUUUAUUGUUUCGUUGUAUAGUUUCUUUUGUUGUAAGUAAUCUGUGCCUCGGUACCUACAAAGGAACCAACAUAUGCCUCUAUGAUUGAUGACUGUCUGCUGUAACCAUUCUCGUUAAAUACCAAUUUCCUUACUUAUUAACUGGUGCGAUGGGCGGCGACAAGAAAAGUCGAAUGUUAUUUAUAUGUUUACACUGGGUCUUGAACUCUGGUUAAGAUAAUGGAGGCGGAUCCUGUUCGCGUUUAACUGCAAAACAGCCGACUCUCAUCGCUCUUACCGAGGGACGUCCCGCAAAACUCGCGUCCGUAAAGGUGAGGAGCGAGGAGACACGGCUUUAUUCGCAGGCUAGUUUGCCUUCAAAGCGGCAAUAAUUCGAUCUGCGUGUCCAUUUUUACGCCUCUAUUUAAAGACUUCCUAACUAACCCCUUAAUGAGGUACUCGUUAGUCCUCUGUUCAGAUUUCCUUACUAUCUGAUCUCUCAAUCCUACUCUUAUUCAUGUUUAACCUAAUAUAUGUUAGCUCAAUCUCACUUGAAAACUUUUGAAAAAAAACGGUCUUUCUAAAAACCAAAAAGUCUAACUUUUUUAAGGAAUAGUCAAAACAGCCCGUAUAUUAACUUUAGUCAAGAAUGCGCAAAAGAUCAUACGAACGGUCUGGGGCGAGAGGGGGAAACUGAGAGCAAGACUGAGGAGAACGCCCCAUGUGGGUCAGUGAGGCUCGCCCCCUUUGCACGAGAAUCCCACGCAGGUGCUUCGCGCUUUGAAAACCCGAUUCGGGAGAAAAAGAAAAAAAACUGUUUUCCAGACAAUAUCAAGAAUUUGUUUUCCUCAUUGAAUGUUACUUAAUCCGUUUAGGAAAAAUGUAGUGCUGUUAAUGUAUCCUAAACAAUUUCCUCCACUUUUAUAGAACGCAGUUGUGCGAUCACUCUGUAGCCGUGGUUGAUGGAUCGGUUUAUGCUAGUGCUGGGUCCGAGGAAGGCAAGGCCUCUCUUCUGUUUCAAGAUCAUGUGCAGUGCUUUAAUCUGCAAUCAAAUAUCUGGAGCCUUGUGGCCCCUGUUCAGGAAGCGAGGGCCAAAGCUGCCGCCGUUGAACAUGAUGGGCUGUUAUAUGUCUCUGGUAAGGGAGGAUACCUGUAGAUGAAAUUCUGUAGGAAUAGGCAUGUGCCUAGGAGUUUAAUCUAUUCACCUCGUUUUAGCAGUUGACUAGAGUUUGAGAUGGAAAGAUAAGGAACAGAUGACGUAAGAAAAUCUUUACCCGGGUCUGAAAUUGUUUCAAGGAAGUUUGAAGAAAGAAUGUAUGAAAUUAUAUUAAUUAUUUUUCUCAGUGAAGGGAAUAAAAAACAGGAAAGUGCCUGCUCCGCUAGUGGAAAUUGCCUCGCUCAUCUUGUUACAAUUAGAGAGAACAAUGUUAGGCGGAAGAGAUGAAACAAUGAAAUUGUAUUGAAAGAGGAGGGGAGCAGGGGUUCGAUGGUCCAUCGACUAACGAACUACAAAGGGUUGGCAUUUGGAGAGCGUGGUUUCUCUCGAAUGUUUAGUCCUAAAGCACCGCGGCUAAAAAUAACCGGCACGGUAAACGAACAGUUAAAUUGCCCGCGAAAACUUCCAUUUCUCCUCGCUCUUCGCCGCUAGGGACGUUUCGACGUUUCUCCGCGCGAAACGUCCCCAGCGGCGAAGAGCGAGGAGAAACGGAUGUUUUCGCAGGCUACAGUUAAAUGAGUUUUUUAGAAAACUGAAUAUUUUGAAGAUGAUGUCAAACUAACGCCUAAAGUAUAACAUUGCGAUCAGGAGCCGAGCUCCUGAUUGCGAUCAAUUAAAGGAUUGCGCUAUAUUGAAACAUUUCGUCCAUCUUACUUAGGUGGCAUGAUGAAUGGUUCCCAUAGCAACUCGUUUGAAGUAUACAAUCCAGUCAACAACAAAUGGAAAUUUCUCUCGCCUCCCACAAUCCAGCGAACUCGUCACGCUAUGGUUGCUACGGACACACACAUUUACGUCAUCGGUGGAGAAGGCCAGGGUAUAGAGCCGGAAGUCAGCAUGGAGCGAUAUGAUCCAGAGGUAGACCUCUGGAGCUUUGUAUUACCGAUGAAUUGUGGAAAAGUUGGUGCAUGCGCUGUAGAACUGGAGGGAAAAAUUUACGUCAUAGGCGGAAAUAAUGGAUACAAUACACUUCGACAGUGUGAGGUUUAUGAUGUACAAACCCACCAGUGGAGCUUGGUUAAAGGCACUUUAAAAAAUUACAUGUUUUAUUUACUAGGCUUAUACUGAGUAAUCAUUUGAGUUAUGGGGUGUACUGAUGAGUAAAGCAGUUCAUUUAAACAUAUUAGAAAGCUUUAGAUUCCACACUACGAGGAGGAGAUUUUUAAAGUCUUUUGCUUAUUCUAAAAAAUAUACACCCCGGACUAAGCUUUGUUUUGCUUUUUUAACCAGAAAGAUCAAAAGGUUAUUUUUCAUUGAAGGAGGUUAAUUCUUUUUUCUAUUGCAAAAUGACAAAACAUAUCACUUUAAUUUAAACAACAUUUUCCGGUUACUUCGACAAUUUCACUGGAACCUGUAGAAGAAUGACGACAGUAAAAGCGCGCGCUCAACUUAGAAUUAAAAUCUCGUUCUCGUUGUCGUACUCGUCUCAGAAUCUAAAGGUCGCUUUUGUUCGGGCUAGCGACCGCUCAGUAUUUCCUGCAGUCGCUGAGGAAUAUUAGGUAAAGCAGAAAGUGAAAUCGAUGGGGUGGUAUAUAAGACGAAAGGCUGAUUUGUAUAUCACAACUUGUGUAAACCUGUUUAAGGUAAUGUUUAAAUACAAGAAACGAUUUGCGACGACGAUUUUUAAGAGCAACAAUGUUGGAACAAUGUUAAAACAAAUCGAAACAAUAUUGUUAAACUUAUAAAGAUGCAACACUGUGUUGCUCUGAAAAUCGUCCCGUGUAACAUCGCCCUCAAACUUUUAUCUUUGGCAAACUAAUUUGGCAAAGUGGGUAAUAUUUUCCAGGUUCCAAUUAUAGCUCGGGCUGUGUCAUUCACAACAAUUGGGGUUAUAAAUUAAUCAGAUGAGUUGCGUAUAGCUUUUUCGUCCAGAUCACUGAUUUAUAUUGUAUACUUUAUUUCUAGAAAUGGAAGAGUUUCGUCAAGAUGCCCAGGCCGUCGUUAUUGGCAAGAAAAUUUACGUCAUCGGAGGCCGAGACUAUAAGGGAGAGAGGGUUCUAGAUUCCAUGGAGUGCUUUGAUGUACCAAAGGGGGAGUGGGAACGAGUUACGACUGUGCCAUUAGCAAGAGAAGGCUUUCGUUGUGUUUCUUGUAAAAUAAGUCGAAAUCACCUCCUUCCGAUAAAGCUCAGAUAA